AUGGCGACAAGCUCUUCACUCACAGUAUUCACGCAGUUCGACGACCUGCCUGUAGUUACCUUACCGGAUGACAGGUUCUUCGUUGACACAUAUCCUCGGACAUCGCAGGAAUUCUCCGCUUUCUGCGAUCAGCUCAAGCAAGAGGCGAAUGCGUGGCAGGACCAGGAAACGUGUUCCGUUGACAUCGUACACCGAUGGUGUCCGUCCGCUUUACCAUGCUUGGGUUGCGCUGCGUCUUCUAGAGAUCGUCGGCCGGUACCUGGAACUGUACGCCACAGGGCCUUCGUUGACUCAAAUUCCAAGAUAACACUGUCAUUGACUCGCCCUCUCCGUAUCGGUCCAAAUGAAUGGUCGCAAGUGUGGCGCGGGACUAUGAAUGUGUCGUCGAUAGGUUCUGAAGUCCUUCCGCCCGUUUCGGCGGUUGUCAAGAUCUUUCAGCAAAGUUUCUUUGAGCAACCGGAAUCCUAUGCUCCUGAAAGUGGUAUAAUGUUCGCAACUUGGCUAACUGGGGCCCAGCAGGCACGGCGAGAGGCGUGGGCAUAUUCGCUCAUGCAGUCAUUGCAAGGGGGUGAAAUUCCAUGGUCGUAUGGCAUUUUCAAGCUGCGUCUUGGACACGGGGAGUUGGCAUUCGCCCAUGUUAUGGAAUUUGUGAAUGGGCGAUCAUGUACUCAAAUCUCUGUCUCCGACUCUCCUCAAGCGCAAGUCUGGGCACUGGCAAGUUCUAUGGCGUCUGCGCUCUAUAAAACCAUUCAAUGUGGGGUUCGGCACGGUGAUGUCAGAUCAAGCAACAUCAUCAUUCGGCAAGACGCUGCUCAUCCCGUUAUUUUCUUGGACUUCGCAUUUGCUCAGCCGAUACUACCCGAUAGGUUCAGUGGCGAUCUUAACGGUCUAGUAUUCACCCUGCAGGCUAUAGGCAUGGCGAUUCCUGAGAUUAAAGCAUGGUUUGAAGAUGGCAUCCAGCGUCAGGCCCCGUGGAGUGAGCUUUUUGUGCAUCAGAUCAACACGGUGCCAUUAUGGUGGUCAUCGUUCGAGGGAGUGGUUCCAUCUGCUGUGUUGGAAUAUUGCAGCCGAAGCAUACGUGGUUGGAAUAGUCCUGAGGGUGACUUUGAAGACCUUUUCCCCGAGGUUGAGGAUGCUAUCUGA